UUUUUAGAUUUUGAAAUCGAAUGACCAAUGCUGUUCUUACACUGAAAUCAAAUUGGUUUAAAAUUAUCAAAAUAAACUGGCGUCAACCAGCAACGAGAACUGCAACAGAAUGGACAUAGAUCCAUCUCCGAGUACUUCAUCUGGCUUCUUCAUGGAUCUAACAUUCUCAGGAUUACCUAAAAUCGAUGAAAACAACACCGUAGACCCCAAAUCGCCCAAAGAGCGAGUUUUAGAAUUGUUAGAUAUCUUAGAAAGUCAUGUUGAGAAGUUACGAAGAGAAGCGGCACAAUUAGAGGAAGACCGGGACCAUUUGUUGUCAUCGCUGGACUCGGUUAGAAACACUGAUUUAAUAGUGGAUUUGCCAGAUAAUGAUAGGGACGAUGUUUGCCAAUACGCGGAACGCAUAAUGAGCCGCUGUCUCACUGUCGAAGUGAAGAUUUUAACUCAACGUGAUAAGAUGCAAGAAGAGGCCCUACACCAAGUUAACCAUUUGAUAGACAGUCUUGUUAUGGGUCUAAAAUCGGAUCCUGAGAGUGCAAAAGCUAGAUGUAUUACCUUCAUGAAUGCGUGUUCUUCUAAUGUAGUGCACGGCAUUACAGAUAAAAAAUUUGAAUCAGCUUUAUUAGGAUGUACCGUUGAUGAUCAAAAACGAGUAAAGAAACGUCUUCAAGGUUUGUUAAAUUACUUUGAUAAACUUAAUGUAACUUCAAUUCCAUAAACUUACUUAAUAGAUGCAUUGUUAUUGAUUGUACCAUGGCCCCGCUUAUUGCCAUUAUAUACACAUUAAAUCGUUAGUAUGUAAUCAACUAAGUUAUUUGUAUUAUGGCUUUAAAUACAAUACAGUGUUUAAUUUAAAAUAGCCACUGUGAUUGUUUAAAAGACACUUUAUUUAUAAAUAAUGAAUUAAAUAAAAUUAUUAAUUCAUGUAUCGUUCAAUAUCUUUUAUUUCUGUGAAAUAAUUUAAGGAAAGUAUUUAGGGUCUCUUAGAUGAGUCACUGUAAGUGCUUUUUUCAAAUCUUCGCUUGUUGUUGGUGAAUCUGCCACAAAAGUGACUGUUGUAACAAGAGAAUGUUGAAUAA